AAUUCGGCAACAAAACCAGAAAGUUGUCUGCAUGUUUUGGCUUUGUUUUUUUUAGAUUAAUCCACGCGAGCAUGUUGCUAUUUUCCUUUUUCAUUAAAUGGUUCUUAAUUAAAAAAUUCGAAAAAAUUCAACUUCGUAUCAAAGAGCUUGUUCCAGCCCGCUAAAUAAAAAAAAUUCCAGAAAUGCAUUCCCAGCAACAUAGCGACGGAUGGGCCUUGUGCAGAACAGAAGAAGAUUGGAGCAAGUUUAAAAGUCUGAUUGAAUUUCACACAAAUAAUGAGCCACCAGAUCUUUCCCAGUUGGAGACUUUGUACAGUUGUCCACCCACCAAGCAAACACUUGUGAAGCUGUUAUUUAUCAAUCGGAAAGCAGUAGGAUUCUAUGUUGUAAGACUGAAAGGUUUACAAGAAGAAGGUGGCCCUCCAUUUGAAUUGCCUAUCUUGGAUGCAGUAUUUAUUUGUAAGGCUCACCGAAGGCAAGGUUGGGGGACUGCUAUGAUAGAAGAACUAGUAGCUAUCCACUUUCCUGAUGAAGAUAUUGGUUUCAGCCAACCAAUUUCUCAUUCUCUUGAAAUAGUUUUAAAGAAAUUUCUGUUGACAAAUCCACGGCAUCGUGACAAACUCUGGGCCGUCGAAAAUUGUGGGGAGGAAGGUGACAGACUGAAUCUAUGGCUGGCGUCGGCAGUAAAAAGGCGAUAAAAACAGGCUAUAUAUAACUUUGGUUAGCAACUUUAUUUUUCACCAAAUCAACAGUCAAUAAUUCAUAAGUUAAUUUCAAUAUAUGUCUGUUAUUGUACUAAAUUUCGCCCCUAAAUUUUUGUCAAUCCCGUACGAUAGAAUAACAAUAGAGAACGAAUUAACAAGGUAAA